CGGUUUGUUGUGACAAAAUCAAAAUGAUAAUUUAAUUUUAUCUUAUCACUUAAUUUAAAAGAAAUUAAAAAGCUUAUUGUUGAAUGCUAUUGACUUGUGAGUGAAUAAAUAAUUAAAAAAAUGUCGGUACAUUAUAAAUUUAAAAGUACCCUUAACUUUGAUACAAUAACAUUUGAUGGACUUCACAUUUCGGUUGCUGAUUUGAAACGGGAAAUUAUACUGCAGAAACGACUUGGUAAAAUCAUAGAUUUUGAUUUGCAAAUUACCAAUGCCCAAACUAAAGAAGAAUAUAAGGAUGACAAUUUUUUAAUACCAAAAAAUACUACGCUAAUUGUUGCGCGAAUACCGAUAGCGCAUCCCGUUAAAAAAGGCUGGGAUCCACCACCUGACAAUGCUAUCCCCAAUGUGUCCUCAAGCAAGCCAGAAAGCCUUAAUAUGGAUCUAUUUAAAAUGCAAGGAAGUGAAGAAGAGAAAAUACAAGCUAUGAUGAUGCAGAGCACAGCAGAUUAUGAUCCGAAAACGUAUCACAGAAUUAAGGGACAGUCUCAAAUUGGGGAAGUUCCUGCUUCCUAUAGAUGCAAUAAAUGUAAAAGGGGUGGACACUGGAUUAAAAACUGUUCCUUUGCAUCUGGAAAAGAGCAAUUUGAAGUCAAGAGAAAUACAGGAAUUCCCCGAUCAUUUAGAGGCAAACCAGAGAUAACAACAGAACCAGAAACAUCUAAUUUUGUAGCAUCUAAUGAGAAAGAACAAGAGAUUCCGGAAGAUUUAAUUUGUGGCAUUUGCCGGAAUAUUUUUGUUGAUGCCGUAAUGAUACCAUGUUGUGGCAGUUCCUUUUGCGAUGAUUGCGUUCGAAACUCACUGCUAGAAUCGGAGGAUAGCGAAUGUCCAGACUGUAAGGAAAAGAACUGUUCUCCAGGAUCAUUGAUUCCAAACCGUUUCUUGAGGAAUUCUGUCAAUGUUUAUAAAAACGAAACUGGAAACAAAGCAUUUAAACCUGUUACUAAACCGAGUAGUACGACUACUGAGAAAAAAGAAAGUGUUACUCGGGAACCCGAGGACUCGAAUAAUCACGCGGAGCAAGUGGAACAAAGCAAUGUGCCUCCAGCUAAUAAUACAGAAGAAGCCAGUGCUGACAAAGCUGCUGUCUCAAUUACGGAAGCAACUAAGAAAGAGAAAGAUAAAUCAGACUCGGACUAUGAGGAUAAUAUAACAAUAAAAAUGCCACACAAGGAAAUUGAUACUAAUUUCGUCAGUGCUGAUAACAAUAAAGAGCAGGUGCAACCUUCGUAUCAGCAAAUACCAGCUAGCAACAAUGCAAUUCAGCGGAGGGACGGCAACUAUGAAUAUAAAUCGGAUAUUGAAAUGAAACAAGUUCCAUAUGCUAAAAAUGAUAACGUCAAGCCUCAAAAUGAACGAAGUCUGUUGCCAACUCCGAUUGGGACUCAUCAUAAAUAUGCGAACAUGAACAUCAAUGAUCAAAGGGAUAAGCCUGUAGUCAAUGCCGAUCAAGGUCAUCGCAUGGGGCAUUAUAAGCCACCGUACAUUCAACAAAUGCCCCGAUGCCCCACAAUCAUACACAUGCCUCCAUACAACAAUGGCUAUAAUAAUAUGCAACAUAGGCCACCAAUGAGCUUUCCACAUUAUCAAAGCCAGCCUGUGCAUCCUAUGAAUCCAUCAUAUAUUCCACCUGGCAAUAUCAAUAUCAAUCCGUCGCAAACAUUUCAGUCAUCUAAUUUGGCCUCUAUUUAUCAAGGAGUCGCGGCUAAAGUUGGCACUGGACUUAUUGAUGAUCCACUGGAAGCUUUUAACCGAAUAAUGAAGGAAAAAGAAAAGCUGAAAGUAGAUCGUCGCCGCAGUCCAGGCCAUCACCGAUCUCGAUCGCCAGGCAGACUGCGACAUCGCUUCAAAUCACCGGUGUAUGAUCGAGGCUCGUCGCGGGAGAUGAUCAGCAAUGAGAAGCGAGCACGUUCGCGGGAGAGAAAGCGCGAAUACAGCUAUGAGAGACGACAGAGUCGUGUGGGACGUCAUUCGAGCAACGGAUCGAAUUCGCCAAGCGACAAGAAGAAGAGGUAUGUGCAUCGGCGUUCGCCUUCACCCAAGUCCAGUUAUAGGCCCCGGACCCGGGAAAAGUCAUUGCCUAAGCAGUAUCCAAUAAAACUAGAUACAGUUGAGCCGCCGCCUCCUGGCUUUGAAUCCUUACAAAUAGAGAGUUUAAAUGAUAAUGAAAUAAACAUAAAUAAUAAGAAAGAAGAACAAGAUGUCGAUAGAAAUCUUAAUGAGCAUAAUACUUCAUUGAAGAGGCAGAGGCAUUAUAGUAGGAGUGUAGAUAUUAAAGCAGUUGAGAACUGUUCCAGAAGUUUAACGCCACCGACCAAGUCAAAGGCUCCGAAGAUAGCUAGAACUGAGGGUGCCGAGACGUACGAAGGGUCCCCGAAAACUCCCGAUCGCAGAGAGCAAAGCAUAAAGAGAUCUGAGAAACGCUCAAGUAGCCGAAUGCUGAGUCCAGAGAACGGUAGGGAUACUGUCAAGUUGCUGGAGCAUUUGGAGUCGAAGAGCGAUAUGGGAAAAGAGAACAGUCUUAAACUUAAUCUUCAGCUGAAAGAUCGAAAAAAGAAGAAGAAAGAUAAGUCAGAGCGGAAGAAAAACAAGAAGGAGAAGCGCGACAAGAAGGAUAAGAGCAAGAAGAGUCGCUCAGGGAGCAUAGAACCGAUACCAGAGAAAGCCUCUGAGAUCAAUCCAAGCGCAAUGGAUGUGUGCGACGAGAGCAUUGAAAACUAUUCAAAUAAUCAUACUCAAAAGCUAUCCGAUUGUAAUGAUCCGCAUGAGAUAAAUAAAAAGGAAACUGAUUUGAGCAUGGAGGUUACGGAUCCGGAUUUAAAUAGAGAAAGUCUAUCGAAUAUAGUGAGUGAACCUAAUGAUAUCCAAGUAUCAAAAUGGGAAAUGGACGAUAAUAAUUUGGGCAGCAACCCAGCAGAUUCCUCUAAAAAGAAUGGCUCCAGCAAGAUGCAAGAACAUUCAGAAAUAACAUCCGAUGUCAUUCGCAAGGCAGAGAAUGCAAUUUUUGCCAAGGCUAUUAACGCUAUUAGGCCAGUCGAGUUUAAAGUUCUUAUAGACUCUAAGCAUAGCAGUAAGGAACCCUCGGUAUCCGUUAAAAGUAAUCAGAGAGAUCGCUCGCAUUCCCCCAAGUCGACUAAUAAAUCAGUAAAGGAACGUUUAGGAAACAAAGUUGUCAGUGAACGACAUUGUUCGUCGGAACGAUCGAGGACCAGUCGUCGAGAGAGUCCGGUGAAGAAUUCGAGUGAUGAUCGACAUAAAUAUAGUUCGACAAGCUAUAGCUCUAGGAAAAGAGAAAAGGACUCCAGAGAGCGAACUACAUCAGAGCGUAGAUUUGACGAGCAUAGAAAUCGGGAUCGGUCGAAUGAUCGUGAAUCACAUGUAAAUACUACACACAAGGAUUCCCAUUACAAGGACUCUCACAAGCAUAGAUCCCAAUUGAAGGACAAGCCGUCGGAAAAAGAUAGUCGAAGUGACCGAAAUGAUCGAAGUGAGCGAAAUGAUCGAAGUGAUCGAAGUGAACGAAAUGAUCGAAGUGAUCGAAGUGAUCGAAAUGAUCGAAAUGAUCGAAGUGAUCGAAGUGAACGAAAUGAUCGAAGUGAACGAAAUGAUCGGCAAAGGAAAUACGAUUCGGAUCGCAGCUCUCGUAAAAGUCCUAAAUUGGGAGAAACACGAUUAGUUUCCGCAGUUACGACCCUGAUUUCUAGACCCUGUCGACCGGACAACCCCUUUCGAAAAUUCGAUGAAAACAUUUCGAGUAGUAAUAAGGCUUCUAAAUACGAUAGCCUAAUCAAAGGAGAUGUUACUCCACCCAAAGCAGAUCAUGCUGAAUACAAGAAACGAAAGGAUAAGAAAGUCAAGAAACUGAAAAGCCUAAAGAAAUGCUCGUCAUCCGAAUCGGUAAGAAGUGAAAAACAGAAAGAUGUAAAAAGCAAAAAAAAGAGUAAAAUCUUAAAGAAGAAGAAAAAAUCCAGAAAGUAAGUUUUUGAAAAUGGAACCC